AUGACUAUUGGAGAUAUAUUAGAAUUUGGAGAGCUCAAUAUUGGUCAGACCUCACUUGCACACAGGAAGGAAGUCCCAAGGAAGAUGGAAAUUUUGUAUGAGAACUUUGUACUUCAAAACAAUGUGUUGCCAUGGCAUGAUUCUCCUGAAAGAGCUUGGCUAGAAAGUCAACCUGAACUUUGGAAAUUAUAUCAAGAGAGAUUCCAAGUUGUCAUAUUGGCCUUUGAAACCCUGAACUCAAGCCAUGUCUAUACACUAUUGUCAUAUGAUGUUGGAAACAAUAUGCAUGCCUGGUGGCAUUUUGGAGACUAUUUGAUGUGGAUUGAUGAAGGUCUUGAUCAUCAACUGAUUAUGGAGAUAGGAGACUCAUUGAAGCUAGGAAAAGACAGGGCCAAUAAUGCCAAGAUACUUGCAAGUGUAAACUGGAAAAAGAAACUAGAGAGGUAUGAUCAUGAAGCAAAACUAAAAAUAAAAACUUACUUUGAAAAGAGAAGGAUCUUAUAUUGUUCAGAGCUACAGUUCAAAGCACCUUUAUCUACCACUGAGUGGCUCAAGAGAACACUUCAUUUUUUAAUCUCAUGGCUCUGA